AUUUACUAUUAAAUCUUUUUAGAGGAUUCAUUUAAAAUUUAGAAAGACGUUCUAUUUUUAAAAAAUAUGAUCGAAACCCCGUUAUCUACCACUGUUUCUAAAGAUAACAAAACUCAGCUUUUAGAAAAACAUCCUCUUCAAAAUUCUUGGACAUUUUGGUUUUAUAAGCAUGAAAAAGCCACACACGACUGGGAAGAUGGAGUCAAAGAAAUAACUUCCUUCGAUACUGUUGAAGAUUUUUGGGCUAUAUAUAAUCAUAUUGAACAGCCCAGCAAACUGCAUUAUAAAUGUGAUUAUAAUAUUUUCAAGCCAGGAAUUAAACCUAUUUGGGAAGAUAAAAGAAACAUGUCAGGAGGUCACUGGGUUUUAGAAAUUAAUAGAUAUGAUGAUUCACUAGUGGAUGAAUACUGGCUAAAUAUAUUACUAUUGAUGAUAGGAGAAGGAUUUGAUGAGCUUGGAGAUAUGAUAAAUGGUUGUGUGAUUCAAAUGAGGGGGAAAAAUAAAAAAAUUUCUCUAUGGGCAAAUGAUGCUUCUGACGAUAAGAGCAUUAUGAUUAUUGGGAGAAGAAUUAGGGAAAAACUCAACUUGCCUUCUGAGGUCAAAAUGAAUUUCAGGGCUCAUAGAGAUCAAUAUGCUGCGGCCAUCUCUAACGAAAAUAGAUUUAGGACAGAACAGUUUUUAUUUUCUUGUUAAUGAAGCUCAAACCGACAAUUAAUGAUUUGUUUUGCACAUUGUAAUAAUACUAUGUUAUGUCAAAUUAUCAUAUAAAUUGUAUAUUUUUCUUUUAAAGUUUUUCAAUACAUCUUAAAAAAAAUAGUUUUAUCUAAGAAGAGAAUUAAUUAUGCCAUGCACACGUUACAAAAUAUCUACUAAGUUCUUAUUUUAUAUUCUUACUUAUACAUACCUAUUUUUGUAGCGGGAAUUCGACCUAAUUUAUAACGAUUUUACGAUAAUUAAUAAAAUUCGAUUAUAUAAAUAA